AUGUCGUCAUUUGUGGGGACACCAGCAGAGUCUACGAGUUCUCCCCAGAAAUUUAGAGCAGCUCGAGAAGAGACCAAAGACACGGCGUCCAUCUUCCUGGCCAUUCCCCGAUCACAGGAGAAAAUGAUUAAGGACCAGGAACCGCUGACGCUGGAGGAUGUGGCCGUGGACUUCACCCGGGAGGAGUGGCAGCUCCUGGGCCCCGAGCAGAAGAACCUGUACAGGGACGUGAUGCUGGAGACCUACCGCCACCUGGUGUCCGUGGGGUAUCCCGCCAGCAAGCCAGACACGCUGUCCAGAUGGGAACGAGGGGAGCCGUGGACCAGAGAAGAUGGACUCCACAGAGGGAUCUGCUCUGAAACCAAGAAAAAUGAUGGUUACCUACAGAGGCAUUUGAAAACUCAAAGAUGUUUAAAGAGAACAGAACAGUGCCAUGAACACAAGACAUUUGGAAACAUUGUUCAUUGGAGUAAAAGUAAUUUUCCUUUAAAGCAAAAUCAUGAUACAUUUGACUUGGAUGGGAAAGCACUGGAAUCAAAUAUAAGUUUGGUCAACCAGAACAGAAGCUGUGAAGUAAAGAAUCCAGUUGAGGUCAAUGGACAUGAGAAAUCUUUCCUCCAUGCAAAUCAUGAGCAACAUCAUACUGAAAUAAAUUUUCCUGAAUGUGUUAAUUCUGUAAAUACAAACUCCCAAUCCCUCAAGGCACAAAGGACUCAGAAGAUAAGUAAACCUCAUGUAUGCAGUGAAUGUGGGAAAGACUUCAUCAAGAAGUCUCGCCUUACCGAUCACCAGAGAGUUCAUACGGGAGAGAAACCUCAUGGGUGCAGCAUAUGUGGGAAGGCCUUCUCCAGGAAGUUCAGGCUCACUGAACAUCAGAAAACUCACAUAAGAGAGAGACGGUAUGAGUGCACCGCAUGUGACAAAGCCUUCCCCAAAAAAUCACGGCUACUCGCUCAUCAGAAAACCCACACAGGAGAGAAACCCUACGUUUGCGAUGAAUGUGGAAAAGGCUUCAUCAAGAAGUCUCGGCUCGUUAAUCAUCAGAGAGUUCACACAGGAGAGAAGCCUCAUGGGUGCAGUCUGUGUGACAAAGCCUUCUCCAGAAAGUCCAGACUCAUUGAACAUCAGAGAACUCACACGGGAGAAAAACCUCAUGGGUGCAGUCUGUGUGACAAAGCCUUCUCCAGAAAGUCCAGACUCAUUGAACAUCAGAGAACUCACACGGGAGAAAAACCUUACGAAUGCACAGAAUGUGACAAAACCUUUCGCUGGAAAUCACAGCUCGGUUCCCAUCAGAAAACUCACACAGGAGAGAAAUCGUUCAUAUGCAGUGACUGUGGGAAAAGCUUCAUCCAGAAGGGCAAUCUCAUUGUACAUCAGCGAACUCACACAGGAGAGAAACCCUAUGUGUGCAACGAAUGUGGCAAAGGCUUCAUCCAGAAGGGCAAUCUCCUUAUACAUCAACGGACGCACACUGGCGAGAAGCCCUAUGUGUGCACCGAGUGUGGAAAAGGCUUCAGCCAGAAAACUUGCCUUAUAUCGCAUCAGAGAUUUCACACCGGAAAGACUCCCUUUGUGUGUACCGAGUGCGGAAAGUCUUGCUCGCACAAGUCGGGCCUCAUUAACCAUCGGAGAAUUCACACAGGGGAGAAGCCCUAUACGUGCAGUGACUGUGGAAAAGCUUUCAGGGAUAAGUCGUGCCUCAAUAGACAUCGAAGAACUCAUACCGGAGAGAGACCCUAUGGGUGCUCUGACUGUGGGAAAAGCUUCACCCACCUGUCAUGCCUGGUGUACCAUAAGGGAAUGUUGCACACCAGAGAGAGAGGCAUAGGUUCCAUCAAGUUGGAAAACUCUUUUUCAAAGCAUCACAGCUCAGCUCAUUUGAGUGAGGGAGUACAGGAGAAGACCCUGGUUGAUACGGUGACUGUUGAGAUGCCUUCAGUGGCAGGUCAGAUUUUGUUACACAUCAGCGGGUUCCUAGCAGAUCGGAACGUAGCCACUGUGGGACCAACAGGUGCCAGAGGCGCAGCCUCAGCAGCUAACAGAAUUGGCACAGAGAAACCUUAUGAAUGCAGGGAAUGUGGUAGCACCUUCAGUGACCAGUUAUGUCAUAUGGUGUGUCUCAAAAAACACACAGGCGUACACUGUAAUACAAUCAAGGCGGAAGACCCUUGA